AUACGACGCUACGUGCCGACAAAAAAUGCCGGUAAAACAAACGGCUCCAGCAUCCCCUUAAAUAAUGAAUCGUUGCCAUUGAUAUACAUUGGGAAUUCAAAGGUUUUCGUCUCAUGAUGCCGACUGAUACGAAUAAAUUGUAACACGAUUUAUUGAUGCUUCAGUUGGCCGGAAUUCGUAUUACGCCGGAUGCAGAAAAUCCAAUUUGUAGAGUUCCAUUGCGAACCGACAUUUAUCAACUGGCUGCUCAAGUAAAUAUAUUAAACGUACCAGGUUCGGCUGUAGAAGCUCGACAAUCGAAUUCAGCGGCCAAAAAUUUUUACAGGAAAUUGACUCGAGAAAUCCAAUCCGCAUCUGUGGUUAGUGUUACCAAUCAGUGUUAUAGAGAUAUGAAUAUCUUUUAGCCAAAAUCGACGGGUGAACACAAGACCAAGCCGACGCAAUCUAGUGUCAGAGAGCUACGAGGAUUAGGUUUGUCGCCCGAUCUUAUAGUCUGUAGGUCGGAAAACCCCAUUGGCAAUUCCGUCAAAGAAAAAAUUUCAAAAUUCUGCGAUGUGGUC